UAAAACUCUACAGACUGAGACUCUACUAGAUCUAGAUCUAACUAUCUAGCUAAAUUCAAGAUGUGAGCGUGAUAAAACAUAGCCAAGGCCUUUUCACUAACAUUAAACGAGGACAGUUUUACAGUUUUCUUAGUAAUCGUAAUCUUUGCUGCCCUUUUUUGCUGAUAUAAUGAGUAUUUGCAGUAAAAGAAAGUGUAUUGUCUAGGAUAGUACCAAGCACUUCACCUUACAGUAAUCUUAUUAACUGUAGACAAUGUCAAGCCGAGCUUUGAGACGGUUGCAGGGUAAUACAGAUCUUGCAAAGCUAGAAAACCUCAGUAGUGAUGACAAGGAAGGAGAAUCAGAAAGUGAUACCAUUUCAAAACCUAAAACUAGAUCUGUCAUAAAGAAAACAAAAGUGAAACAUAUAGAACUACCAGAAAAUCCUUUUGAAUUGUUAAAUGAAGGAGAUGGUGAUGGCACUGAUACCAAGGAAGAUGUGGAGGCCAAUGGAGAGAAUGUUGAGACAAAUAACACUCAAAACAUAAGUGUGAAGAGCAGGAAGAAAAAAAAGAAAAAUAGAAAAGGAAAAGAGAAUAGUAAUCAAAAUACUGUCAACCAGCAAACUGCAGAUGAUAUUGAAGCAAGUGUCUUAGAAGUUAACAGGCUUCUUGGAGACCCUGGCAACUCAAUUCAACAGGCAGAUAGUGGAAGAGGACAUUUUUCACUGAGCUUAAAGCCAUUAUUACAUAUUGACUAUAGACAUCUUAACCCAGAAACAGAAUUAAAAAGAAUAUUUGGAUCUCAAGUAGUACGAGGGGAACAUCCUCGAAAUCGCCGUCAAAGAAAUCGUCCUUUCCAUCGAAGUGGUCGGCUUGUUCAGCCAAGAGAUACUUGGCAUAGUACUAGUGGAUCAGGCUUAUCAAUGAAGUAUCUUGGAGACACAGAAGGCUUUGUGUUUGAACAUUCAUCUGCUUAUCAGAAAGUACAACAGCAGUUUUAUGAUGCAGUGGAAUCGGGUUUACCAGAAUUAAUCAUUAACAUUCUCAGGGAGCAUCCCUAUCAUGUGGAUACACUCAUUCAGAUGGCAGACUUACAUAGAGCCACUGAGGAUUUCCAAACAGCUGCUGAAUCUAUAGAAAAAGCUUUGUUUGGAAUGGAAUGUGCUUUUCAUUCUUUGUUUAACUUGGCAGCAGGCAAUUGUUACUUGGAUUACAAGAGAAGAGAAAACAGAUCAUUUUACUUGUGUUUAUUUAAACACAUUUUAAAUCUUGGAAGACGUGGAUGUAACAGAACAGCUUUUGAGUUUUGCAAAGUUUUGCUCAGUCUUGACCCAGAAAAUGAUCCAUUAGACUGCAUGAGUAUGAUUGAUUACUUUGCACUUCGAGCAGAACAGUAUGAUCAUCUUUUGCGUUUGGAGCAAGAAGUUUUGAUAACAGAGUCGAUGAAACAUGUACCUAAUUUUGCUAUGUCAAUACCACUUGCCCAUUAUCACAUUGCAAGACGAGAUGGAGGAGACAUUGCAUCUGCAGAUUUAUUGCUCCAGGACAGUCUUCUGUUUUUCCCAAUGAUAUUGGUGCCACUCAUGGAUCAGUGCAGUGUCCAGUUGGAUAAAGAAGUGAGUGGUCACAGUUUUUUCAGCACAGCAGAACUAAAAGACAGUACAAGUGAGCUGCAGCGAAUGAUCACGCUGUAUGUCAAAAGAUGUGAAUCCUGUUGGAAAGAAGCAGGGGUCAUUUCCUGGCUAGAAGCCAAUGUCAAGGCUGUAUUAGAAAUUGUGAAUAAAGAGCAAGACCCUCGACCAAAAGAAUAUGCCCUUCUGAGGAAAAAGCGUUUUCGACGGCCACCACUUUCUACAGUAAGGCAUUAUUUUUUAUCUGAGAUUCAAGGUCUUGGCUUGCCUCGUCAAUACCUUGGCAGUUCACUUUUAAAUUAUGACCCUUUCCCUCCACAUGACAGCAUUGCAGCUUAUUCAAGACCUCCAAGACAAACUGUGGCCUCAGAAGAUCAUAGUGGAGUACUUAGAACUUUACUUCGUUCACUGAUGCCAUCUUACAAUCCAUAUGAACCAUCUAAUAUGAGAGAUAGACAACAACUGAAUGCUAAUGAAGGUGAUGAAGGAGAAAAUGAAGGAGCCGUUGGAGGGAAUACAAUGAGCCAACAACUUGAACACAGUGUUCAGGCAGUUAUGCAAGCCAUGAGACAACUGUUAAGUCUGCCCUUUGGUCCAGCACAGGGACAAGAUGGAAACAACCAGGAAGAUCAGGUUGAGCUAGAAGAGAAUGAGAGAGAGUGGGAAGAAGAUGAGGACAACUUUGAUAACUUGAGGUGAUACCAAGUGAAAGUUAUAACUUAGUGCUGUGCUUUUGAUAACUUGAGGUGAUACCAAUUGAAAGUUGUAACUUUGUGCUGUGCUUGAUAGUUUUUUUUGUCUCCCUAAGGCUAUUUAAAACUAUCUUUAGUUGUUUUUUUGUAACAUAAAAAUGUUACAGUACCGUUAUUUUGUUGUUUCAUUAUAAUUACAACAUUAAUUAGAAUAGCUUGAGCUUUUGAAAAUACCUUACAUUCAUGAAUUUUGAAGCUAAUGACAUCCCUGGCUAUAAUUAUUGUACUGCUACAAAAUAUUAAUGUUAUAGUUGUUAAUUACCGGGUAUUGUAAGUUGACGGUCUAUUAAGAGCGAUGACCCACAGAAUGGUACACAAGUUGAAAACCAAAGAUGCCUGUUUUUAUUUCUUAGCAAAUUAAUGUGAAAAAGAAUUCCAAAUUGGUUUUCAGUUGAAUAUUAAUAUAGCAUAUCAACAUAAUUAAUUUUACACUAUUACGUAAACCAUCAGAACAUAAUAUUUUCCUAUGAUAAUAUUUUCCUAUGAUGUUGUAGCCCAUCAAGCUAUUUUUUUUAAGACUUAAAAAUUCUAGUGCACUGGGCAUAUUGAUUUUUUAACAACAAAUAUCUUCCUUCAUCACCUACAUCAGCCAGUUUGAAUAAAGAUGAAAGCUUGGCUACUUAUCCAUUGGGCUAGUAAAAAUAAUGAUUUAUUUCAGCAUCUGGUCUGUUCCAGAAUGCUGGUAUAAUAUACUACUGAAUAUAUUCUAAAAUUAAAAAAAUUUGUCCCACAAGUAAUCUGGAGGUCUAAUGCACUUUAUUUUUUCCUAUAAUGUAAUUUAAUUAUUUAUUUCAUUCUUGUGAUGGAAAUAGAAAAAAAUGCACAUAGUGUUUGACAAUGACUCAUGAAUGAAAAGUGAGAUUGUACCAGCUAUGAACUUGAUGGUAACUUGAAUACCAUGUUUGGAAAAUACAGUCUUUUUCUUUUCUAAAUUAAAAGUAUGUGAAAUAAAUAAAACAAAAAACUGUU